UUGAAAUUUCGGGUGCCAUAGAGAAAGAUUUAAGGUUCAAGCACCCAUUUGAUACCCCCAAAAGCUCAUGUUUAUUAGAGAAUCUGUGUGAAAAAUAAAACCCAGUAAACACAGGUCACUAUGGCUGAGCACGGGGCUCACAUCACCACAGCUGCUGUGGCAGACGACCAGCCGUCUAUCUUUGAGGUGGUAGCACAGGACAGUUUAAUGACAGCAGUGAGACCUGCUCUUCAGCAUGUGGUCAAGGUCCUUGCAGAAUCAAAUCCUGCGCACUAUGGCUUCUUUUGGAGGUGGUUUGAUGAGAUCUUUACUCUGUUGGAUCUUCUGCUUCAGCAGCACUAUCUGUCUAAAACUAGUGCCUCAUUUUCUGAAAACUUUUAUGGCUUAAAGCGGAUUGUAAUGGGGAAUUCUGAGAAGCUUCAGACAUUGGCCAGUGAGGGUCUCCCCAAGAAGCAACUUUGGAAAUCAGUUCUAUUUCUCGUUCUUCUUCCCUAUCUGAAAGUGAAGCUAGAGAAGCUGGUUUCUAGCUUGAGAGAAGAGGAUGAAUAUUCUAUUCACCCCCCUUCUUCUCAGUGGAAACGAUUUUACAGAGCCUUUCUGGCAGCCUACCCUUUUGUUAACAUGGCCUGGGAAGGCUGGUUUCUUGUACAACAACUUCGAUACAUCCUAGGAAAAGCUCAGCAUCACUCUCCCCUGCUGAAGCUGGCUGGAGUUCGGCUAGGUCGACUGACAGUUCAGGAUAUCCAAGCUAUGGAGCAUCGACUGGCUGAAGCCAAUGUGAUGCAGCAACCAGUCAGAAGUGUUAGUGAGAAGAUAAAGUCAGCUCUGAAGAAAGCUGUGGGAGGUGUGGCCUUAUCCCUCUCCACUGGCCUUUCUGUGGGUGUAUUCUUCCUGCAGUUCCUUGACUGGUGGUACUCAUCUGAAAACCAAGAAACCAUCAAGUCACUGACUGCCUUGCCUACUCCACCUCCACCUAUACACCUGGACUACAACUCUGAUUCUCCACUCUUACCCAAAAUGAAGACUGUCUGCCCACUGUGUCGUAAAAUGAGGGUAAAUGAUACUGUUCUUGCCACCUCUGGUUAUGUGUUUUGUUACCGCUGUGUGUUUAAUUAUGUGAGGAGUCAUCAAACCUGUCCCAUCACUGGUUAUCCAACAGAAGUACAGCAUCUAAUUAAACUGUACUCUCCAGAGAACUGAAAGGGAUUAGCAUAUUCUCUUACAACUCAAGUUUUGCACUAGAAGGCCAUAGGACUGUUUCAGUAUGGUAAAACAGAAUUGAUACUUCCCUAAUUCAUAACUAUAUUAACUUUAUAUGGAUUCCUUCAAAGGUAUAUCCACUUGAUCCUAACCUUUUAAUCUGCUCUCUUACCAAACUGGCUAAGUAGGAGAAUCAGUAUUGUAGGUGGUGUGAAGGCCAAUGUAGAGGUGGAUUAAAGAAGAUAAUUAGGAAAGAUAUUUUGCUUCUCCUCCUUAAAAAGUUUUUUUUUUUUUUUUUUUUUU